AUGCGAACUGCUAAUGAUUGGAAUUCUCGGUGUCCUGGAAAACCUGAGUGUCUUCAACGCCCUAGUGUGCAGUGUACAAAGCGGUCGCAGGCUUUCUUAACAUUGAGAGACGAAAUCAAUUUCACUCCUGAGGACGGCACCGGUGGUGGUGGUGGUAACUCUGGAAACAGAUCACCUGAUGAUAUAUUUAAAGUGGUUGCCAUCACAGAAAUUAUGCCACCUGCUGAGAAAUCUGACAAUGAUACGUCUGAUAUAGAUCCGAUGACUCAUCCAAAUAGUAAAAUCGAGUACUUGCAUGGAGGAGUGCCUACUGGCAAAGUGAUCAGUUAUGACCUAUACAUACAAUUGGAAUUUAAAGGCAGUGCGGUAUUGGAGUUUCAUAUGUUUGGGGAGCCCAUAGUGCGUGGAACUACAGAUGAACCAGCAGAUGGUUUUUACGCAGACCCUUACACAUUUCCGCCAGAUGAAUCCACCGGUACGCCAAUACCCGGUGCUCAUUAUGGACCCAAACAACCAGGUCAACAGGGACCCCGUCCUCCAGGUCACGGUGAUCAACAGGGACCCUCGGGUCCUCCAGAUCAUGGCGGUCAAUAUGGACCCCCACCUCCAGGUCCUGGCGGUCAAUUUGGACCCCCACCUCCAGGUCACGGUGUUCAAUCGAGUUUCGGCAAUCGUUGGUCAUGUGACCCUAGUAUUUUAGAAGACUUAAAACGUAAUGAAAUUGGUGCAUAUGGUGUUGGUGAUCGUGGAAACGGACCUCCACCUCAAGGUGGAGAAGGUGGACCUGGUGGACCAGGCAAGGGUCAAGGUCCGGGUGGUCGAGGACAUGGCCAAGGUCCUCCACAUCAAGGUCCUCCACAUCAAGGUCCUCCACAUCAAGGUCCUCCACAUCAAGGUCCUCCACAUCAAGGUCCUCCACAUCAAGGUCCUCCACAUCAAGGUCCUCCACAUCAAGGUCCUCCACAUCAAGGUCCUCCACAUCAAGGUCCUCCACAUCAAGGUCCUCCACAUCAAGGUCCUCCACAUCAAGGUCCUCCACAUCAAGGUCCUCCACAUCAAGGUCCUCCACAUCAAGGUCCUCCACAUCAAGGUCCUCCACAUCAAGGUCCUCCACAUCAAGGUCCUCCACAACAAGGUCAGGGUGGUCACGGAUAUGGCUUAAGGCGUAAGGAAGACCACUUUUGGGGUAUCUCUCAAGAUGUUGGGGGUAACACUGUUAAGUGGCCUUCUCUUGUUGUGGACGAUAACUUAAAGUAUGAGGCUAUAGGUGCAGGCCAGUGCCUAAACCCAGACACAUGGGUCACAUCAGCGUGCUGUGUUAUACUCCUCACACUGUUCGGUAUGCGUUAG